GAUUAUCUCGACCGGGCAAAUUUCUAACACCAUGUCUUACGCGAAGGGAGGUGACUCUGAAAAACCAACUGCGACCGAGACCGCGACCAUCCAUCGCAUCCGCAUCACUCUGACCUCUAGGAACGUCAGGAGCCUGGAGAAAGCCUAAACUGCCUCUGCAUUAACGUUCGGCAAAGAGAAAGUUCAGCAAUGGCUGAGCACAGAAUAGUUCUCAGCGUCAGCCUGGGCGCCAUUCUCACCGAGGCUGGCUUCGACAGUGUGGAAAAGGUGGCGUUCGAAACACUGCUAGAGAUCCUCAGCAGCUUCCUCAUCUCCACUGGAAACACCAGUCGUAAUUAUUGCGAGUUGGCUGGCCGAGUGCAGCCAGUUGCGGGUGACCUGGUGAUGACUUUUGCCGACCUCGGCAUUGACCUUCGAGGUGUUGAGAAGUAUGCUCGUCGACAGCAAAGACUCGUACUUCCUGCCCUGUCUAACGCCGCGCCGCCCAAACCAAUAACCAUCCUGCAGGCAGGCACCAAACUGCAACAUCCGUCUCACAUUCCGGACCACUUGCCUGCUUUUCCCGACCCCCAUGCGUACAUCCGCACCCCCACCCACAAACAGCCAGUGACUGAAUACGAGGCGCUGAGAGAAAAAGCAGCCGCUCAAAAGAGGGACAUCGAAAGGGCCCUGACCAAGUUUGUGGCCAAGACUGGAGAUACGCAGAGUCUCUUCAUGACAGACGACGUCAACAUCUUCCCAUUAGUCGCCUGCAAACCCCAGGCGCAACCCUACUUGGACGCCCUAGUGCCCAAGGAUCAGGUGUUCGACGAAGAGGAUGAGGAGUUGGAGCCGCAGCCUUCGGUAAAAAGGGUCAAGAGGGAAGAUCCCAACGUCAGUAAAACCACAGAUAAAGACUCGGACGGAGAAGAUUCCACGCCUCCUUCCAGUCCUGGAAUGGACCAAGUGGAACAACCAAGAGAGGCUGCCAGGGAGCCGGCAAGAGAAGCUUCGUUCUCUGAGGAUCCUAUUGACAAUCCCUACCUGAGGGCUGUUAAAAAGCCUCACAAACUGAUGUGAAUUGGAACGUGUUAAUCUCAUUUAGUGACAUUUUCUUUGUUUGUGUGAACCUAAAUAAUAAACAAUGAGUUACGAUGUAAUUAAUUUUCUAGCACCAUUAUCUUAUGUAGUCAGUGGCUAUUUUUUUUUAUUGUAUAAAUCUCAAUAAAAUGGCAAAUUUAUGCUUAAAAAGAUUUACAGUGGA